CAAGCAGCAUUCAGCACAGCAUCACCCAUCAAUCACCUCCCUUAACAGAAACUCACUGACAAAUAGGAGGAACCAGAGUCCGGCCCCGCCGGCUGCUUUGCCCGCCGAGCUGCAAACCACACCCGAGUCGGUCCAGCUGCAGGACAGCUGGGUCCUUGGCAGUAAUGUGCCACUGGAAAGCAGGCAUUUCCUAUUCAAAACAGGAACAGGGACCACACCACUGUUCAGUACUGCAACACCGGGUUACACAAUGGCAUCCGGCUCUGUUUAUUCCCCUCCUACGCGGCCACUACCUAGGAAUACCUUAUCAAGAAGUGCUUUUAAAUUUAAGAAGUCUUCAAAGUACUGUAGCUGGAAAUGUACAGCUCUCUGUGCUGUAGGGGUCUCGGUGCUACUGGCAAUACUACUAUCUUACUUUAUAGCAAUGCAUCUAUUUGGCCUCAACUGGCAGUUACAACAAACUGAAAAUGACACAUUUGAAAACGGAAAAGUAAAUGCUGAUACUGUGCCAACACACACUGUAUCAUUACCUUCUGGGGAAAAUGGAAAAUUAGGAGGAUUUGCACAAGAAAACAAUACUAUAGAUUCUGGAGAACUUGAUAUAGGCCGGAGAUCAACACAAGAGGUUCCUCCUGGGAUCUUCUGGAGGUCACAACUUUUCAUUGACCAGCCACAGUUUCUAAAAUUCAAUAUCUCCCUUCAGAAAGACGCAUUGAUUGGAGUAUAUGGCCGGAAAGGGUUACCACCUUCUCAUACUCAAUAUGAUUUUGUUGAACUUUUGGAUGGGAGCAGGUUGAUUGCAAGGGAACAACGCAACCUUCUUGAGGCAGAAAGAGCGGGUAGACAGGCCAGAUCAGUCAGUCUUCACGAAGCAGGGUUCAUCCAGUAUUUGGACGCUGGGAUCUGGCAUUUGGCUUUCUAUAACGAUGGGAAAAAUGCAGAACAAGUGUCUUUUAAUACCAUUGUUAUAGAGUCUGUGGUGGAAUGUCCCCGAAAUUGCCAUGGAAACGGAGAGUGUGUAUCGGGAUCAUGCCAUUGUUUUGCUGGAUUUCUGGGCCCUGAUUGUUCAAGAGCAGCCUGCCCAGUAUUGUGCAGUGGCAAUGGGCAGUACUCCAAAGGACGCUGUCUCUGUUACAGUGGUUGGAAAGGUACAGAGUGUGAUGUGCCUACCACCCAGUGCAUUGACCCUCAGUGUGGAGGUCGUGGGAUUUGCAUCAUGGGCUCUUGUGCCUGCAACUCUGGAUACAAAGGAGAAAACUGUGAGGAAGCGGACUGUUUAGACCCAGCUUGUUCAAACCAUGGCGUGUGUAUCCAUGGAGAGUGCCACUGUAAUCCAGGAUGGGGUGGUAACAACUGUGAAAUACUGAAGACUAUGUGUCCAGAUCAAUGCUCUGGCCACGGCACCUACCUUCAAGAAAGUGGCACCUGCACUUGUGACCCAAAUUGGACUGGUCCUGAUUGCUCAAACGAAAUCUGUUCGGUUGACUGUGGCGCACAUGGUGUGUGCAUGGGUGGAACUUGUCGGUGUGAAGAAGGCUGGACCGGCCCCUCCUGCAAUCAAAGAGCAUGCCACCCUCGGUGUGCUGAACAUGGAACUUGUAAAGAUGGGAAGUGUGAAUGCAGCCAAGGAUGGAAUGGAGAGCACUGCACCAUUGAGGGAUGCCCUGGUCUGUGUAAUAGCAACGGAAGAUGUACUCUGGACCAAAAUGGCUGGCAUUGCGUUUGUCAGCCUGGAUGGAGAGGAGCAGGAUGUGAUGUCGCCAUGGAAACUUUAUGUACCGAUAGCAAGGACAAUGAAGGAGAUGGAUUAAUUGACUGCAUGGAUCCUGACUGCUGUUUGCAGAGCUCUUGCCAAAACCAGCCCUUCUGCCGUGGACUUCCUGACCCACAAGAUAUUAUUAGUCAAAGCCAGCAAUCGCCAUCUCAGCAGGCUGCCAAAUCCUUUUAUGAUCGCAUCAGUUUUCUUAUAGGACCCGACAGCACCCAUGUCAUUCCUGGGGAAAGCCCAUUCAAUAAAAGUCUUGCAUCUGUCAUUAGGGGCCAAGUAUUAACAGCAGACGGAACACCACUAAUUGGAGUUAAUGUCUCCUUUUUACAUUAUCCAGAUUAUGGGUACACAAUCACUCGUCAAGAUGGAAUGUUUGACUUAGUGGCAAAUGGUGGCGCAUCUUUAACUCUGGUGUUUGAACGGUCCCCAUUCCUUACUCAAUACCACACGGUCUGGAUUCCAUGGAAUGUCUUUUAUGUCAUGGAUACCCUUGUUAUGAAGAAAGAGGAGAAUGACAUUCCCAGCUGUGAUCUGAGUGGAUUUGUGAGGCCAAAUCCUGUCAUCGUAUCAUCACCUUUAUCAACUUUGUUUAGGAUUUCACCUGAGGAUAGUCCUAUUAUUCCUGAGACCCAGGUACUACAUGAAGAGACAACAAUCCCGGGAACUGACUUGAAAUUGUCAUACUUAAGCUCCAGAGCUGCAGGAUAUAAAUCAGUUCUUAAGAUCACCAUGACUCAGUCUGUGAUACCCUUCAACUUAAUGAAAGUUCAUCUCAUGGUGGCAGUGGUGGGGAGACUUUUUCAGAAAUGGUUCCCCGCAUCCCCAAAUUUGGCUUACACAUUUAUAUGGGAUAAAACUGAUGCAUAUAACCAGAAGGUUUAUGGUUUGUCUGAAGCUGUUGUAUCUGUAGGCUAUGAAUAUGAAUCUUGUUUGGAUUUAACACUGUGGGAAAAACGGACUGCUGUUUUGCAAGGCUAUGAAUUGGAUGCUUCCAACAUGGGUGGCUGGACACUAGAUAAGCAUCAUGUUUUAGAUGUUCAGAAUGGAAUCCUGUACAAAGGCAAUGGAGAAAACCAAUUCAUCUCACAACAGCCUCCAGUUGUCAGUAGCAUCAUGGGCAACGGUCGACGGAGAAGCAUUUCUUGCCCAAGUUGUAACGGUCAAGCAGAUGGCAAUAAACUUUUGGCUCCGGUAGCCUUAGCUUGUGGUAUUAAUGGAAGUCUUUAUGUAGGAGAUUUCAACUACGUUCGACGGAUAUUCCCAUCUGGAAAUGUUACAAGUGUCCUUGAGCUAAGCAGUAACCCAGCGCACAGAUAUUACCUCGCAACUGACCCAGUCACAGGAGAAUUGUAUGUUUCUGACACAAACACCCGGAGGAUUUAUCGUCCAAAGUCACUCACUGGGGCCAAGGACCUGACAAAGAAUGCUGAUGUGGUCGCAGGGACAGGAGAACAGUGCCUUCCAUUUGACGAAGCCAGAUGUGGCGAUGGUGGCAAGGCAGUGGAAGCAACUCUCAUGAGUCCCAAAGGUGUGGCAGUAGACAAGAAUGGAUUAAUCUACUUUGUGGAUGGGACCAUGAUCAGGAAAGUGGACCAGAAUGGAAUAAUAUCAACUUUGCUUGGCUCCAAUGACCUGACUUCGGCACGACCUCUGACAUGUGACACCAGCAUGCAUAUUAGCCAGGUGCGCCUGGAGUGGCCCACAGAUUUGGCUAUCAACCCAAUGGAUAACUCCAUAUAUGUAUUGGAUAAUAAUGUUGUCCUUCAGAUUACUGAAAACCGACAGGUCCGUAUUGCUGCUGGGAGGCCGAUGCAUUGCCAAGUUCCAGGAGUAGAGUAUGCAGUUGGUAAACAUGCAGUACAAACCACAUUAGAAUCAGCCACAGCUAUUGCUGUGUCUUAUAAUGGAGUGCUUUACAUUACAGAAACUGAUGAAAAGAAGAUAAACAGAAUAAGGCAGGUCACAACUGAUGGUGAGAUAUCUUUAGUUGCUGGAAUACCUUCUGAAUGUGAUUGCAAGAAUGAUGUUAAUUGUGACUGCUACCAAAAUGGCGAUGGUUAUGCUAAAGAUGCCAAACUGAAUGCCCCAUCUUCCUUAGCUGUAUCGCCAGAUGGAACGUUGUACAUUGCAGAUCUCGGAAAUAUUAGGAUACGAGCUGUAUCAAAGAACAGACCGUUGCUGAACUCUCUCAACUUUUAUGAAGUUGCAUCUCCAACAGAUCAGGAACUCUAUAUUUUUGAUGUCAAUGGUACCCAUCAAUACACUAUGAAUUUAGUCACAGGAGACUAUUUGUACAAUUUCAGCUACAGUAAUGACAAUGAUAUUACUGCAGUAACAGACAGCAACGGAAAUACUCUUCGUAUUCGACGGGAUCCCAAUCGGAUGCCAGUGAGAGUGGUAUCUCCUGAUAACCAAGUCAUUUGGUUGACUAUAGGUACUAAUGGAUGUUUGAAAAGCAUGACAGCCCAAGGACAGGAGCUAGUCUUGUUUACUUACCAUGGCAACAGUGGGCUUUUGGCAACUAAAAGUGAUGAAACUGGAUGGACCACUUUUUUUGACUAUGACAGCGAAGGGCGGCUAACCAAUGUCACAUUUCCAACCGGAGUGGUGACCAACCUCCAUGGGGAAAUGGAAAGAGCCAUUACCGUCGACAUUGAAUCAUCUAGCAGAGAGGAAGACGUUGGCAUCACUUCGAAUCUGUCAUCAAUUGAUUCUUUCUAUACAAUGGUCCAAGAUCAAUUGAGAAACAGUUACCAGAUUGGUUAUGAUGGGUCCCUCAGAAUUAUUUAUGCUAGUGGUCUUGACACGCACUAUCAAACGGAACCACAUGUUUUAGCUGGAACAGCCAAUCCAACAGUAGCAAAAAGAAAUAUGACUCUUCCUGGAGAAAAUGGACAGAAUUUAGUGGAGUGGAGGUUCCGAAAAGAACAAGCCCAAGGCAAAAUCAAUGUGUUUGGCAGAAAACUCAGAGUAAAUGGCAGGAACCUCCUUUCAGUUGAUUUUGAUCGGAUGACAAAGACAGAAAAGAUCUAUGAUGACCAUCGUAAAUUUCUGUUGAGGAUCGCCUACGACACAUCCGGACAUCCAACUCUCUGGCUGCCCAGCAGCAAGCUGAUGGCUGUCAAUGUGACCUAUUCAUCUACAGGUCAAAUUGGCAGCAUCCAGCGUGGGACCACGAGUGAAAAAGUGGACUAUGAUGGCCAGGGUAGAAUUGUAUCUAGAGUGUUUGCUGAUGGUAAAACAUGGAGUUACACGUAUCUUGAAAAGUCUAUGGUCCUUUUACUGCACAGUCAACGUCAAUACAUCUUUGAAUAUGACUUACUAGACCGGCUUUCUGCCAUAACCAUGCCCAGUGUUGCUCGCCAUACCAUGCAGACUAUCCGUUCCAUUGGCUACUAUCGGAAUAUCUACAAUCCCCCUGAAAGCAAUGCCUCUGUCAUCAUGGACUACAAUGAGGAAGGGCAGCUGCUACAAACCGCUUUCUUGGGUACAAGCCGAAGAGUCCUGUUCAAGUACCGAAGGCAGACCAGGCUUUCAGAAAUUCUGUAUGAUAGUACAAGAGUCAGUUUUACUUACGAUGAGACUGCAGGGGUUCUGAAAACAGUAAACCUCCAGAGUGAUGGUUUUAUCUGCACGAUUAGAUACAGACAAAUUGGCCCAUUGAUUGACAGGCAGAUUUUCCGCUUUAGUGAAGAUGGAAUGGUAAAUGCCCGAUUUGACUACAGCUAUGACAAUAGCUUCAGAGUGACUAGCAUGCAAGGUGUUAUCAAUGAAACUCCAUUGCCGAUUGAUCUUUACCAGUUUGAUGACAUCUCUGGAAAAGUUGAGCAGUUUGGAAAAUUUGGGGUUAUAUAUUAUGAUAUUAACCAGAUAAUAUCAACAGCCGUAAUGACUUACACAAAACACUUCGAUGCCCACGGGCGCAUAAAGGAAAUCCAGUAUGAAAUAUUCAGGUCACUUAUGUACUGGAUUACAAUUCAGUAUGAUAACAUGGGACGGGUAACUAAAAGAGAAAUCAAAAUAGGACCAUUUGCUAACACAACCAAGUAUGCUUAUGAAUAUGAUGUCGAUGGUCAACUACAGACUGUUUAUCUGAAUGAAAAAAUAAUGUGGCGAUACAACUAUGAUUUGAAUGGCAACCUCCACUUGCUCAACCCAAGUAAUAGUGCUCGUUUGACACCACUUCGGUAUGAUCUGAGAGACAGAAUUACUCGACUAGGUGAUGUUCAAUACCGAUUAGAUGAAGAUGGAUUCCUGAGACAGAGGGGUACUGAGAUCUUUGAAUACAGCUCUAAGGGUCUUCUUACAAGAGUUUAUAGCAAAGGAAGUGGGUGGACAGUGAUAUAUCGUUAUGAUGGACUUGGGAGACGGGUUUCGAGCAAAACCAGUCUGGGACAACACCUCCAAUUUUUUUAUGCAGACCUUACCUAUCCAACAAGGAUCACUCAUGUAUACAAUCAUUCAAGUUCUGAAAUCACCUCUCUCUACUAUGACUUGCAAGGACACCUUUUCGCCAUGGAAAUUAGCAGUGGAGAUGAGUUCUACAUUGCAUCAGACAACACUGGCACACCCCUGGCAGUUUUUAGUAGCAAUGGUCUAAUGCUUAAGCAGAUCCAAUACACAGCUUAUGGUGAGAUCUAUUUUGACUCCAACCUUGACUUCCAGUUGGUAAUAGGAUUUCAUGGAGGCCUUUAUGACCCUCUGACCAAACUAAUUCAUUUUGGCCAAAGAGAUUAUGACAUACUGGCAGGUCGUUGGACUACACCUGAUAUUGAGCUCUGGAAAAAAAUAGGAAAGGAUCCAGCUCCUUUUAAUCUGUACAUGUUUAGAAAUAACAAUCCAGCCAGCAAAAUACAUGAUGUGAAAGAUUACAUCACAGAUGUUAACAGCUGGCUAGUGACAUUUGGUUUCCACCUGCACAAUGCUAUUCCUGGUUUCCCUGUGCCCAAAUUUGAUUUAACCGAGCCCUCUUACGAACUUGUGAAGAGUCAGCAAUGGGAUGAUGUACCGCCAAUUUCUGGAGUCCAACAACAAGUGGCAAGGCAAGCAAAGGCUUUCUUGUCCUUGGGAAAGAUGGCAGAAAUCCAGAUCAGCAAGCGUAGGUCCGGCAGCGAGAAAUCAUGGCUUUGGUUUGCAACCGUAAAAUCUCUGAUUGGAAAAGGGGUCAUGCUCGCUGUCAAUCAAGGCAAAGUGCAAACUAAUGUGCUCAACAUUGCAAACGAGGAUUGUAUCAAAGUGGCAGCUGUUCUGAACAAUGCAUACUACCUGGAGAACUUACAUUUCACGAUUGAAGGAAAGGACACGCACUAUUUCAUAAAGACCACUUCACCAGAGAGCGACCUAGGCACACUGAGAUUGACAAGUGGCCGGAAAGCCCUGGAAAACGGCAUCAAUGUCACCGUUUCACAGUCCACCACUGUAGUAAAUGGCAGGACUCGUAGGUUUGCAGAUGUUGAAAUGCAAUAUGGUGCACUGGCUCUUCAUGUCCGCUAUGGCAUGACUCUCGACGAGGAAAAGGCACGGAUAUUAGAGCAGGCUAGGCAGAGGGCUUUAUCCAAUGCCUGGGCCAGAGAACAGCAAAGAGUGAGAGAUGGAGAGGAAGGUGCCAGACUAUGGACCGAAGGGGAAAAGAGGCAGCUACUGAGUGCUGGAAAAGUCCAAGGAUAUGAUGGGUACUAUGUACUCUCCGUGGAGCAAUACCCCGAAUUAGCAGACAGCGCUAACAAUAUACAGUUCCUUAGGCAAAGUGAGAUUGGAAAGAGGUAACACACUGGUUGAGUUGGGCUGCCAAAGAGACUGACUCUGUACCGGUGUCUUCUAAGAGGGAGACCAAAUGGUUUUGCUGCAUUACUACUUGAGCCUAAAUGUACAUCUUUGCUCAGAUUUUAUUUCUGUAGCACAAUCUAAAUAGACUCUACAAAGAAGAGAGAGCCUUCCAGAAGAAUGAUACUGUAGGGGGAAAAAAGACUGGGUUUUGUUUCUGAAUGACCUUAAAGGUGAUCUGCUUUAAAGAAUAUGUUUACAUAUGCAUAUCGCUGCACUCUAGUUGGACUGAAAGUAUUAAAAAGAAAGGCCUAAAGGGUUUGGAACAGGCUGCCUAGUCCUUGAGGCACAGACCCAUAUGGUGUUUCCAAAUAUUACUAAAUUGUUGACCUUGCCUACAAGAAAUCAUCUCUCUUCUCCUCUCUCUCUCUUGAUCUCUUCCUCUCUCUGCAUAGGAUGUGGUAUAUAUCUCUGUUCAUUUUAAUAUGUGGGGGGCAAAAAAACUCUUGUUUAUGAACACCCUGACGGCUUUAAACUGUGCUGCUUUCUAAAAGGACAUUGGCACAAGCAAUUUAUGCUACAAUGGGAAUUUAAUAAUGGAUUUUACAAUGGUAAUGUGGUUUGCCUUGGGGGUUGGGGGGGGCGGGAAUGGCAAGUGGAAUCCUUGUCACAGAGAAGCAAAGGAAACCUUGAUUUUUUUUGUAAAUUAUGUGAGACAAGUUGUUUAUGGAUUUUUAUAUGAAUUACAAUUUACUGUACAUCAAAUAUUAGUCUCAGAGGAGUUAAUUUAUGUAAAGUGUUUAAAAAAGGUUUAUACUUAAAAUAAAAUGAUAAAAAUGU